AUGACCGGCGCGGGCAGCAUGGCGGGCGGGCUGCUGAUGUGGUUGUGGCUGUGGCUGCUGGCGGGGCCCGGCGGCGCCGUGUGGCCGCAGCCGCAGGACGUGCGCGUGUGGCCGGGCAGCAGCUCCCGCCUCGUGCCCGGUCGCUUCCGCUUCGGCUAUGCGCGCGACUCGGCAGUGGGGCCGGGCUGCACCGUGCUGGACCAGGCUUUCCUGCGCUACUGGCGCCUGCUCUUCGCCGCCCAGCGCCGCCCGCCAGAGUAUGAGCAACUGUGGGAGACUUCCUGCAAUGAGCUGCUGGUCUGUGUCACCAAGCCGGGAUGCGAAGACUAUCCCAACAUGGAUUCCGAGGAGAGCUAUAAGCUGUCCAUUUCGGAGGACUCCUUCCUGCUGACUGCGGACUCUGUGUGGGGAGCGCUCAGAGGCCUGGAGACCUUCAGCCAGCUCAUUGGACGGGCUGAAGAUGGCACAUACUAUGUCAAUAAGACUGACAUUGUGGACUUUCCCCGCUUCCGUUAUCGAGGCUUGCUGCUGGACACCUCUCGCCACUAUCUGCCUGUGGAAGCUAUCCUGGAGACACUGGAUGUCAUGGCUUACAACAAAUUAAAUGUAUUUCACUGGCACAUCGUGGAUGACCCCUCCUUCCCAUAUGAGAGUGCAACUUUCCCAGAGCUCAGUGAAAAGGGGGCCUACAAUCCCAUCACCCAUGUGUAUACACCGAAUGAUGUGAAGCUGGUGAUUGAACAUGCUCGGCUUCGGGGGAUCAGAGUGAUACCUGAGUUUGACACGCCUGGCCACACUCUAUCUUGGGGGCCAGGUGCUCCUGGCUUGCUGACUCCCUGCUACAUAGGCUCAAAACCCUCUGGGGCCUACGGGCCUGUGAACCCCAUCCUCAACAGCACCUACCAGUUCAUGGCCGUGCUCUUUAGGGAGGUCAGCACCGUGUUUCCAGACUUCUACCUUCACCUUGGUGGUGACGAGGUUGAAUUUACCUGCUGGAGGUCAAAUCCUGAAAUCCACUCCUUCAUGAAGCAGAUGGGGUUUGGCCAAGACUACACUAAAUUGGAAUCUUUCUAUAUUCAGAGGCUGCUUGAUAUUGUCUCCUCCUAUGGCAAGGGCUAUGUGGUGUGGCAGGAGGUGUUUGAUAACGGCGUGAAGGUGAAGCCAGACACUAUCAUCCAUGUGUGGAAGGAAAGUGCUGUGCCAUACCAGCACAAGAUGGCUCAGGUCACCAAAGCUGGCUACAGGGCUCUGCUCUCAGCUCCCUGGUAUCUCAACCGCAUCUCAUAUGGGCAGGACUGGCUGGCAGCCUACAAGGUGGAGCCUUUGCAGUUUGCAGGGACCUCUGAGCAGAAGGCCCUGGUGAUUGGUGGAGAGGCCUGCAUGUGGGGCGAAUAUGUGGAUGUAACUAACCUGACCCCUCGACUCUGGCCGAGAGCCGGGGCUGUAGCUGAGAGACUGUGGAGCAAUGAGACAGUGGGAGAUCUGCAGGAUGCAUAUUACCGGCUGGCAGACUUUCGCUGCAAGCUACUCAGGCGUGGCAUCAAGGCUGAGCCCCUCUUUGUAGGUUACUGUGAUCACGAAUACAGCGGGUCCUGAGUGGAGGGCACUGCAUUCCCUGCUGCAUUGUCCCAAGUGCACUAAUCUCUAAGGAAAUAUGCUGGCCUCUAUAUGUGAGAGGGAAUCCCUGUUGCUCUUGUUCUGCUGCAGUGAGCUGAUGUAGAUGCACUUUGCCUCUUUUAUUUCUGGUUUUUUUACACUUUAAAUAUUUUAAAGAAUAAGUUCAAAAAGGGAAGAUGCCUUCUCAUCCUCUGCCUGGGCUGUGGCAGGCUUUGUAAGGGAGCUUCUCUGUCUCCCAUUGUCAGAGUAUCUCUUUGGGAUCAACUUUGUCAUGGCAGCAGGAUUUCACAGGACUCGGUCUGCAGAAAGGUAAUUUCCUGGCCACUAGAGGACAAGCCCUGGCUGGGUCUGAAGUGCUGGCUGCUGACACCUUACCUUUUUGGUAGUCCAAGUGAGUGCCUUUUGCUGUGGAGGCUAGAGGACAUAUAUGUGUGGUGCUGCUUGAGGUACUUUUUAUGUCCUCUUCUCCUUAACCAGUUUAGAAGGUCCUGCAGACUGCCCUGCCUCUGCCAUUACUAGUGACUUAGAACAGCUCCCUUCUUCUCUACCUCCAUGGUUCCCUACCCCUAGAAGCAGAGGCCUCAGCUGAGGGUUUGGGAGCUGCUGCCUGACAUAACAACAGCACCAUAAGCAGCCAAGUAGCUAGCCUGUCUUGGCUUGUAUGUGCUUAGCUCUGGAUGUACAUACUUAGCUCUGUUAUUAGUGACUGAUCUAUAUCUGUAGCUCAAACUUAGUCUUUCUGUGGGGAGGGGAAAAGGGUCUGACCCGAUGAGUAUGGUGACACUGUGGGGGAGGUAUGGCAUCUAUAGUCCUAGGGUUGCUCAAGGUAAAUCACAAGCAACUAGGUUUUGGUUUUUUUAAUCAUGGUCACCUAACUCACAAGAACAUAGGAUUUGAAGGUGGUUUCUGGGUUUUUUAGUCCAGUCCCCUGUGUUAGCAUCAUACUAUACACAUGCUGGACUGUGGGUUUACCACAUGACAAAAACCCACCUAUUCCCCCUAGGGAAGCCCCACCAUAGAAGUGCAGGAGAGAACAUUACACUAAUGUGUAAACCAGAAGUGUCAGGCAGCAACUGCCAGGCUGUUCCCUCCUGUCCUUGCUCAGUUCUUUUUAUUUUCUUGUAAAGGUCCUGCCUGCAUCCUUGGAGUCUCCUUUUCUUACUAUUAUCUUUCACGCUAUGUGGCUCCACAGUUGCAGGGUUGGAGCCCUGGACUUGUAAACCGGGGGUUGUGAGUCCAAAUGUCACUGGUGCAUAUGUCCCUUAAAGUCCCUUCCAGCUCCACAGUGCUACUGAAUAGCAAACUCUGUGUUUGUGUGGGGGUUUAGACUAGAUGACCCUCAAGGCCCUGUGAUUUCUGGGGCCCUUGCCGUGGGCUCUACUGCCCCCUGUUAGCCACUAGAAUGGCACCGUGAGAUCGUCAUUUGUGAGAUCAUCAUCCACAUUUCCUUCUCAUAGGAAGCUCUCAGUCCUGUGAAUAUUAAAAGUCCUGUCUGAAUCAGUCAGUGUGCUCAGGAGGUGUGUGCCACUGUCACUCCCUCCCUCCACCACACAGGACUUGACCAAUUUCUCCAGUCUCCCAGGGUUAAAUUCUCAGCAGGGAGACUGAGAUCUGAUUUCCUCCUCCAUUCUUUGCUUGAAUUUCAUUUUGAACACCUCAUGCAGAGUACAUGGAUAAUACUCCAUAAAUGAGUCUAAACGUCAGUGCUUGCGGAUGUUUAGCUCUCUCUACUGGGUUGGAUACCUUGGGGAGACUCCUGUGGCCAGGCAGAGACAUACUGCUAUGGAACAUCGCACACGUACAUGGGUAUCAGCCUUAAAUGAGAGAUUUCUAUGCGGCUUGUUCUGUGGUUGCCAACUUUUGGGUAUUGUUAUACUUUACAUUAAAAAGACUACAGAGGCA